AUGACUUCGUCGCGUUACUCACAGCAGCCGCUGCAAAUCUACCAAGACCCCGUCACAUCUUAUGAUAGCGCGCCAAUGCCUUCGACGAAGAAUUCUACAAAUCUAAAAAAGCCAUCCCCCUUGAGAACAAUCAAGAACACAGGCUCGAAGCGUAACGUUAUAUUCAACCCACCUCAGAAUAGACCCAGCAAAAACUCACCGCUCAAGUCGCAUGUCCAAAUAUCAAGUUCGCCUUCGAGAGCACCAUUCGGCAAUAAAUUAAAUAUGGUACCGAUGCCACCACCUUCGGGAUCGCGAUACAAUACCGACUCGAUUGCGAAGAAACAAACCUUUCAAUCUAAACAUAAGAGUGCCCCGCAAAAAGCACUAUUUACGACUUUUAUGAACACUCAAUCUUCAGAAAAAGAGAACUAUUCACAUCCUAUGUAUUCGUCGCAGCCGCAACCACAUUUUCGCGACGAUUUUUCGAGCAGCAACUUCUCCUUGGAAGGAUUGUAUGGUCAGAAACCAUCACUGAAGCGCUCAUUGAUGGAGGCUGCCAUCAUUCAGGAAGCGAAGGUUCAAAAGAAGUUGAAGACGGAGGAGGAGAUUGACGUAUCAGGACCUCGAGAACUCCCGGAACCGGAUUCCUUUCCACCCAUUCACGAUGAUGGCUUUAAACCUUCUCACAGCUAUGCUCAAUUGAUUGGUAUGUCGAUUUUAAGAGCUCCGAACCGACGCCUCACUCUUGCGCAAAUCUACAAAUGGAUCUCCGACAACUACACCUUCUACAGUGCGGCGGACGCUGGCUGGCAAAACAGCAUUCGUCACAAUCUUAGUCUUAACAAGGCUUUCGUAAAACAGGAGCGGCCAAAGGAUGAUCCGGGAAAAGGUAAUUAUUGGGCAAUUCAACAAGGAAUGGAAUGUCAGUUCAUCAAGGAAAAGACUACACGGAAACCUGCAGGCCCAAAUGAGAACCUUCCGGUCUUGAAUACAGCACUUACUCCCGUCGAUCCACCAGAGCCCACACCACCCACGCCAAUGUUUAAAGACCUACCCUCUUCUAGUCAAGAUGUAUCGUUACCAAAGUCAACGUAUACCUUGCGAGACAACGAACUUCUUCCCAUCCCGGAAUUAUCUUCAGAUGCUACAAUUCCUGCAUCAGAAUUCAAUCAAGAAGUUGAAGAAGGGGACGAAGAUGCCCCUCCAUCGUCUCCACAAAUACAAUCAUCCCCACCAACAAGGAUGAUGCAUUCUUCUCCUCCAGUAGCUCGCCAUGCGCCGAGACGAAAUCACACGCCACCUCCCGUUCCACGCUUUCCAUCUUCAUCACAGACUAGAUCACACAAACGAAAGUUUGCGUCCAUGGAUGAUAGUGGGUACUUCUCGUCACUUGAAUCUUCAGCGAUGCGGCCAAACGGGGUCAGUCGGUUGCUAACAUCUGAAGCUGACCGACCGAGGAUUAAGCGUGGCCGGGCUGAAGAGGAAAUUGCUCGUCUUCGUGGUUCCUCGUACGACAGCCCCAGCACAGGCAGGACUUUGAAUCAAUUCGCUCCACCAUCAUCAUCCCCAUUACGUCGAGCUCAAGCACAUGAUAACUAUCAGAUGCUUCCACCUCUUACUCCUGCCGUCAAGCUAAAGGCUCCUGUGAAACCACCGCCAUCGAUAUCUCCAAACACGAACCUUCGCAUGCAUCGUGAUAGGGUCAGGGAACUAGUUGGCUCGCCAAUCCGUGGUCUGACUGUUCUGGAGGACAGUGCAUGGAGCCCCGCUUUCCAUCUCGACAGCAGCUCCUACUUGUUUACGGAUUUUGUUCCGGACUUUGAUAUAUUCCAGGAUGCCAAGGCAUCGUUUCCUGGUACAAGUAAUGGAUCACCAGAGAAGCGAUCGGCCAAGAGAUCUCGGAUCGAUCGAUCGACAUCGGCAAACAUCUUGUCCGAUGUGACUAAUUCCAACUUGAAUAAGAGUGUCACCUCCACACCCAUGCUCAAACUUACACCUUCGUUGGGUGGACCUUCAAUAAUUCCCUCCCCAACGAAAGGAGGUUUGAACUUUUUUGAUUCGCCAUGUAAACAAAAUAUUAACUCGCCCCUAAAAUUCAAUUCGCCAAUCUUGAACCUCGGUAAUUUCAAUCUUCCUCAGGAUGACCUCUUCAACUCUGAGUUCCUCACUGAAGAUCUAUCUGACUACACAGGCUUCGAUAUCACGCAGCGCUUUCCAAAGAUUGGUUCCGGAGCUCAACAACAACAAUCACGAAAUACAUUGAAGAACCAACCACCCCGACCAUCGAUGGGCCGAAGUUUUACUUCACGCUUCUAA